GUGCAAUCACAUAAGCCAUUUUCCUUCUUGCCCUUACUAUCCUAAGCCAAAAGAGCUCUGGUUCUAACCCAUCUUCUUUUGUGUGACACAAAAACAUGGCCAGCUUGGUCCGGCUAGGUUCUUCACAGCAAACCAAUAAGGGUGGCCUGAGCUUGUUUACCUUGUCCGACCAUGAGAUCUUGAACCAAAUUUAUACAACCCAUGUCCAUGAUGAUGAAAAGUUUGAUGUUGAAUCUCUUUUCAUCAUCGUCGAGAACAUCCUUAAGCGUGCCACUGUCGUCGUUGACAAUAUAGUGCUGGGUACCCAAGCAACAGUUGAGCACUUGGAGGAGAAGAUCCCAAAAGCAAGUUUUAGUCCACCAAUAUGUACACUCAAGAAUAUUUCCUGUGAGAUGCAAUGCAAGGCACCUGGGGAAGAAAUUGCUCACAAAACGGCACUCUCAAUACUCAGCAAAUUGUCAAACUAUUCCUGGGAUGCAAAGGCAGUGUUGACACUUGCAGCUUUUGCUUUGGACUAUGGGGAAUUCUGGCUGCUUGCCCAGAUUCAGUCAUCGGACCAACUUGCCAAAUCAGUAGGAACAUUGAAGAGAGUACCUAUCCUCCUAAAGCGCCCAACCCUGCAGAAACAUAAGCAAGCACUUAUUGAGCUUAACAAUGUGAUCAAAGCCACACUGGAAGUGAUUGAGUGCAUCUUUGAGUUAGAGAAGCUAUCAAACCAUGACAUAAAAGAUGUACCAGCAUUAUCAACAGGCGUGGAACAUAUCCCAGUUGAUGUUUAUUGGGCUAUUGUGACUGUUGUAGCUAGCACCACUCAGUUUUGUUGCCUCAUUAACGAUGAGGAAAAGAGACCAGAACUAUCCCCAUUUUCUCAGAAACUCAAUAUCAUUGUCACCAAGCUUAAGAGGCAGAUAACAAUUAUCAGACAACAAAUAGAGGAGUCAGAGGCUUACUGGAAGUUGGUAAAGGUUUUUCGAACCCCUACGGAGAUCAUGGAGGUAUUUAAGGGACUGAUCUAUACCAAGGACAGUGUGCAGCCUCUUAUUGAUGGUUCUACUAAAAAACCGGUUAACAUUGACGUGUUGAAGAAGAAGAAUGUCUUACUGUUCAUUUCGAGUCUAGACAUUACCGAAGAAGACAUUUCAAUUCUUAGACCAAUUCAUGAUACUAUUAAGAAGGAAGACCAGUAUAAGAUUGUGUGGAUCCCAAUUGUGGAGCAAUGGACCGAGGAGUUGCAAAAGAAGUUUGAGAUCUUGCGGUUUAAGAUGCCAUGGUAUGUGGUGCAGUACUAUUCACCAAUAGCAGGCAUUAGAUUCAUCAAGGAGAAGUGGCAUUUCAAGGGCAAGCCCACCGUUGUGGUGUUGAACCAUCAAGGGAAGGUGGAAUGCGAGAAUGCAAUGCACAUGAUUAGGGUAUGGGGAAUUAAGGCCUACCCUUUCACUAGCACAGUAGAAGAAACUCUAUCUGCUUCAAAGGAAUGGAUUGGAUCCAUUGGAACUGGAGUUCAUCCAAGUGUUGAGAACUGGAUUAAGGACCAAAAGUACAUCUUUUUCUAUGGAGGCAAAGACAACGAGUGGAUCCAACAAUUUACUAAAAGAGCAACUGCCCUUGCCAAUGAUCCAGUGAUAAAGGAAGCAAGAAUUUCCAUUGAGUUGCUAUGCGUCGGAAAGGGCAACAAAGGAGAAAACAAUGCGGGAGUCCUUGGGCGAUUUUGGACUGGUAUUGAGAGCUUGUUCAUUUCCAAGACUCAAAGGAAGAUCGAAACAGACGCUGUGUCAUUAGAAAUCCAGAAAUUGCUUUCUUACAAGAAUGAGAGUGGGUGGGCUGUGCUCAGCAAAGGUUCAACCGUUGUACUCAGUGGGCAUGGGACAACAAUUUUGAAGGUCUUGGAGGACUUGGACAAAUGGAAGGAGCUUGUGCGUGAAAAGGGCUUCGAAGUCAUAUUCAGAGAGUACCAUAACAAGGUUCUUCACACUGCUCACAUUUGUUGCCGAAUUGACAUUCCAAACACCAGUGGGAAAAUACCAGAGAACAUGAAAUGCCCUGACUGUCCACGCAUCAUGGAAACAUAUAUCAGCUUCAAGUGUUGCCACAUUGAUGGUACUGCCAAUGGGUUGCAUUAAGUGCCUACCUUUUCUUCGGAUCACCUAGGGUUGCACUACUAGUACUAAAUUAAAAAACGUGGUUACGUUGGUAACCUUAUGCGAGUAACAAAAAUGAGAUGUGACAUGCAUGGGGUUUAAAUAUUUAUGUUUUGGUGUGAUGUGAUCUGAUGCCACUUUUGUAUUGUACGUUAUGACUUGUGUUGUUACCCUCUUCUGGUUUUGUGACUUAUGAGAAGGAAUGUGUGUAAUCCUGCGGUAUGGAUGUUGCAUUAACAAAAGUGGAAUUCUUAUGGUUUUUACA